AAAGACGUGUCUUUCCUUUCUCGCGUUUUUGUUGUCAAAGUUAAAUUAUAAUGAAGAGGUUCUUUUAAACGAGAAAAAGAUCCCUUCCAGCUAAAGACUCUGUUCUCAAGAUUAUUCUUUCACUUAUAUCAUAGCAUUGCUGAUCUAAAGAUAAACACAAGUAUGCUUUUUAGAAAUCUCAUUCGAUCUGAUAGCUUCACUGUAGACUUUCUAUUUAGUCGUAAGAAGAAACCAAAAGAAGACGCCAUCAUUGAUCAUCAUGACUUGACGUUGGAAGACUUCUCUUAUGAAGAGAUCACGGCAAACUACAGACCCACAUUUGUUGAUCCUGGCCGAAAGACAGUAUUUACAGCAGCAAUCGGGUUAGAAACAAACAGACAUGAGAUACGGCGCUGCUCGACAAAAGAAUAUUAGCACAUGACGGGUAGUACUCGUGUCAAUGCAGAAUUAGAAAAGAAAAAAGGCCGAUUGUACGAUAAAAGCGAUAGUAAGCAAUAUAUCGAGUAGUAAAACAGGCUCGCCUGAACAGUAUAAGAGAUAUACUAUUUACAUACUACAACAUUUAGAGAUCCUGUUCUCAUUCUAUGGGCCUGGUAUGGGUGAGACAAGAUUCCGUCUGUAUCAAGGGCAGCAAGCGUGCUGCAGAUACGAUGGUGAACAUGCUUGUUGAUGGAAGUGUCAAAUACGACAAAGAAUUACGGAAAAAAAGAAGGGAA